AUGGCAGACAAGAGAUCCCAUCAAGAUUCCACCGGCCAAGACAGAGACACACAAGUGGAAGACAAGGCAAAAUCCAAUCAAGAAUCAACCAAACUGGAUUCAGGUGUGACACCCACAACAAACCAAACUGGUGCAACAUCCACCUAUACCAGAAGGACGAGAAGCACUGGUAACAGGAAAAAGAAAGUAGUCAAAGACCCAACUAUCCCACAUUUUGGCCUCGGUAUCUUCUCCAGUCAGGAAGACAGUUACGAGACAACCCAUGAGAAGAACACUGAGGAAGACGAUUCAGAAAAACAAUUCAAUGAGCAUACUAAGGAUGAUGAUGUUCUAGUACCAGCUCCAGUUGAAGAAACGAACAAUCCCAGUCAUUCCAUCGAAAAUAUCAUAGGAAGUGUCGAUUCGCAUAAAGAUGUCGAUGAGACUAUCGAAGCUGAAGAAUAUCCAGUACCAUGUGCACUCAACGAAACAAAAAAUCACACUCCUUCCAUCAAUGAAAUCAUAAGAAGGGCCAGUGCACCAGUUUCAAAAUCAUUAAGUGAUACCAGAAAAUUAGAGAUGAUUAUCGCUGCUGCAAAACAAGUUGAGAAGAACUCAAAGGUGGUUGAAGCAGUCCCUAUAAGCAUAAUUUCACCCGAUUGGAAUAUUGCUUCUACCACGGGUGGUCUACUGAUGCUGGAGAAAAAUGAGUGUACCAUGCCACCGCCUGUAAUCUCAAAGGAAGCUGAUGAGCUUGAUGAAGAGUUAACAAAGACAAUAGAAAAGAUCCUCAAUGAAAAACCUAAGAGGAGAAAUCUAGCAAGAAUCCACCAGUUGCCUGAACGGUUCAGGAAACUCUUGUUUGAAUUUGGAAAAAUAGUUUGGGCAGACAGGACAACAUUCUAUUCCAUAGGGGAAGGGACAUGGAUAGAAAACAGCAUCAUAGAUGCUUGGGCUGUUAUCCUAAACAAAGAAGAAGCCAAGAGUGACUCCUCAACACGGAUAUUCUUUGGUGUUUCGUCAUUUAUAAGUCAACUAAACCCUUAUUGUUUAUCCUGCCCUGAGUUGAUCUGGUUAUCCAAGCCUUCUUGUUAUGCAUUUUGCUAUGGGAUUGUUUUCGUCUCCCUUGAUAAAAUCAGUCGCUGCUAUGAAGAGGACAGUAACAAAGACGACAUGGAGUUUGCAUUUUAUGAGAGGUUGGCUCUUGAACUGGAAGAACAAGGCCUUACUGUAGCAUCCCUGUUAGCAGCAAAAGCUUUUCGGUUCUUCAAAAGCUACAUCGCAUGUGUGUUUCCAGGCAUACAACUGGUCAGUACUCAAUACACUUUCACAGAGGUUAAGCUGCCAUCGCAUAAGGACAAAACACCGAAUGGGGAAGAUUGUGGAAUAUAUACAAUGCAUCACAUGGAGCGGUAUGAUGGUGGUGAGUACGAGGAUGGUACUACUUUGGAUUUCAACAUAGGAAACAUAAAAGACUACCGGUGGAAAUACAUUAUAAGAAUCCUAAUGUAUCCAGUCAACAAAAAUAAGAACAAAAUCCUCGAAACAAUGCACCAGUUCUAUACAAAUACUGCUGAAGAAAAACAAAAAGAAAUUCCAGAUCAUGUUGAUUUGAGCAGCGAAUCUUAA